GCUUUUCCUCCAAGCUAAAGUUUCUGUUUAGAGAGUAGAAAGUUGUGGAGGGAACAAGGCAAAGAGGAAAAGCUGAACACAGUAACAAAUCUGAAAGACAAAAUAAACACGUCCUAAAAGAGCUCAAGCCAAGUAAGUAACUUCAAGGAAGCCAUAUAGUCUGGAUUGAAAAGAGAGACUGCUAUUUAAAGAGAUUAACAGAAAGCUAACAGAGGCAUCUAAGCAGCCCUGUCAUGAAGUUUUGGCUGCUACUCACGCUACUUGUGUGUGCCUAUGUGAUCUACCUCUUGCUGGGUGCCCUGGUGAUUUCAGUCAUUGAGUCACCAUAUGAGGCCAGUCUGCGGGAUGAACUGAGACAACUGAAAAGUGUCUUUCUUAAUGAGAGCCCAUGUGUUAAUGUUAGUAGCCUGGAAGCCUUCUUGGAAAAAAUAAUCAAUGCCAACAAGUAUGGAGUGUCUGUCCUGCACAAUGCUUCCAAUGACAGCAAGUGGGAUAUUGCAUCUUCUAUGUUUUUUGCCAGUACUUUGGUGACCACUGUAGGUUAUGGAUACACCACCCCCUUAACAGACUCUGGCAAAGCAUUCUGCAUUUUCUAUGCUCUGAUUGGAGUGCCAUUCACUAUGUUGGUCCUUAGCUCAUUUGUCCAGCGCCUGAUGGUCAUGUUUACCCACAAGCCAAUACACUACUUGCAGGUGCAACGAGGUUUUGACCGUAAGAUGGUCACUCAGCUUCACUUUUUUUUCCUGUUAAUUCUAGUUUUGGUUUUCUUCCUCAUCAUUCCGUCCGCAAUUUUUAACACCAUAGAAACAACAUGGAGUUUCCUGGAUGCUUUUUACUUCUGUUUUAUUUCCCUCUGCACCAUCGGGCUAGGGGACUAUGUCCCAGGAGAGCAGAAUGACCAGUGGCUCCGGAAGCUCUACAAGGUGUCUGUGGCCUUCUACCUGUUUAUUGGCCUCAUGGCCAUGCUGCUGAUUGUACAAACAUUCCACAAAGCUGCUGAUCUUCAUGGACUGACUGACAUCUUCUACCUUCCUCGUCUGCAAGAUCAAGAUGACCAGGAACCCAUCUUGGAAACAACUGACUACUCAACAAGAGACUUGGAACCAAAAAGGCCACUUGCCUCAGAAUCCCAACCGGACUACUCUUCUAUCAAUCGGUAACACCAGCUGGUGGCCAGAAACUUUCUAUUGUUGCCUUUCAAGAUUAAUUGGAUUGCUAACCUGUGUUAUAAAUAAUGGAUGUGCAGUCUUCAUCCUGGAUCUAUUAUUGGUAAUAAAAAAAUCACUAUCUUUGUUGAGCAUUGAUAGUUGCUGAAUUGAGCCUCUGUAACUUUAUCAGCCUAAUACAAGUAAAGUAACAUUUCUUUAAAUAUAGCAUGUUUCAUAUAAAAAAACAGAUACCACUUGUCAUUGAUUUAACAAAACAUCUUUUACAUAAUACUAAUACAGACCUGCUCCUGCUAGCUUACCUUUAUAAAUCGGGAAAUGUAAUAAUGGGUGCACAGUUAAAUUUGGUCUGCUAGGCCAAAUAAGCUAUUCAGGUAUUUAGGUAGUUUCUUCACAUUGCAAUAGGCCAAUGAAUGGUAACUGCUGAUUGGUUACGGUCUUAGGGGUUGAUUCACUAAAGUGUGUUAAAACGAGCGCUAUUUAUAACAUGAGUUAAAAAUUUUAUCGUGUCUUAUUUUUCGCGACUUACCGCACGAUUCACUAAAAUGAUACUUGCGUUAAUUUAGACGCGAUGCUGUUUGCGUUAUUUAAGUCGCAAAGACUAUUUUUACGCAACGCGCACUAAUUAACGCAGCACGCCAUAUUAGCCAUACACAUACCAUUACGUUCGUAAGACUACUUUUUUUGAAAAUGACCAUUUCCCUGCAAACUAGAGGCUACAUCACUCUAGGGCCAACACAUACUUGAAUAAAUCCCACUGCAAAGUCCUUAUUGUGUUGCCAAAAGCUCAUGAACUGUACUUUUCUAUAAUUACCACCUGCCCCAAGUAGGUGUUAUUUUUCGCACAGACUAAUGCGAUAUUUAGCACGUUUAAUGCUUCAUAUGUAUUUGUGAAUCAUACGUUAAUACUAUUUCUAUUCGCUAAUUAACGCAUUCGCUUGCACACUAUUUAACGCACGCAAUAUGUGACUUGACACCUGCGAUAAUACUUUAGCGAAUCACCCGGUUUUUUUCCGCGUCAAUUUUAAUGCAAAAGAGCAUGCAAUAACACUUAUCGACCUUUAGUGAAUCAACCCUUUAGUCUCUUAAAAAAGAAAACAAAUAAUUUAGAUGAGUAAUUUGUUAAAGGUGAGCCAGUGAUAGGAAUUAUUAAAUAUUCAUUUCUUAACCUUGAUUCUUGUUCCUGGACUACUGUACCCACAAACCAAAUUUGUUGAAUUUAGCAGAGCAGUGUGAUUGGACGUUUUUUAUAACUUGUGCCUACUGUACUAUUGGUGCAGUGCUCUCAUCCUAGUUAGAGGACCUAUAAUAUAACAACUAGGGGAACCUAAACCGAAAAACAGUUAUUGACCAAAAUAUUUUAUUUUUUAUAAUAAGUUGAAAAAAUAAUCAGGGAUUUUCAUAUUAAUAUUUUAUGACUGCAGUUUAAUAAAUGUGUUGGCAGAUAGGCAUCUGGCCAGUUCAUGUUUUUUUUUGUUUCAGCGAAUGCAAAAGAAUGGAUAGUGCUCAAAGUAAAUAUUUUUUUGAAAGUUUAAAACGCAAAUUGCUUAGCUGUAGCACAAUCCUUUAGGCUUACAUUAUUCAGUAUGUAAUGAAUGCUUUUCACAAGUAAUUUAUUAUACCUUGUAAAGUAUGAAAUAAAUGUGUUUUUAAAAAAAAAAAAAAAA